AUGUCUGUCCAGCUGGCUCUGCUCUUGGGGGCUGUGCUCUCUCUCUAUGGCUUCUGCAGCCUUUCAGACUCCAAAGAGCUAACAGUGAAGACACAGAAAGGAAUAAGGUGCCAGGGACACCCUCUGGACAACCACAGUCUAGCCAUCAGCAACGGCGACUUCGCUGUCAGACUCUACAGGCUCUUGGCUGCUCAGAAUCCCGAGUCAAAUAUCAUCUUCUCCCCGCUCAGUGUCUCCAUGGCCUUGGCCUUCCUGGCACUGGGGGCCCACGGCCCCACCCGGACCGAGAUCCUGCAGGGCCUCAAGUUCAACCUAACCAAGACCCCUGAGACCGACAUCCACUGUGGCUUUCAGAAGCUACUGAGAUAUCUAAGCCAGCUCAAGAUGCCCCUGCAGAUGGACAUGAACACAGCCAUGUUCAUAAACCAGCAGCUGGACCUGCAGGAGAACUUCCAGCAGGAGGCCCAGAAGUUGUACGCCGCGGACAUCAUCCACACCGACUUCCAGGAUCCCGCCGUUGCAAAGAAACUCAUCAAUGAUCAUGUGGAGCUGAAAACCCACGGGAAAAUCAACAAGAUGGUCAAGGGCCUGGACACACAGACCAGGAUGGUCUUGGUGAACUCCGUCCUCUUCCAAGCCACGUGGAUGAUGCCCUUUAACCCUGAUUACAUCUUCAAUUCAAUUUUCUACAUGAGUCCAACCUCAUCGUGGUUGAAUGUACCCACGAUGGGAUUUGAGAAUAAGGAGAUACAGUACUUCUGGGAUGCGAGGUACUCUGUCACUGUCGUGCUGUUCCCAUACAUGGAAAGCCGUGUGAGCAUGCUCCUCAUCCUCCCUAACAAUGGCGCCAUGCCCAAGCUAGAGGCUGAACUGAACAUGGACAUGAUCUUUUUCUGGAGGAAGUCGAUGAGUCCAAGGCAGAUGAGCCUGUACGUGCCCAAGUUCUCCUUCUCCAGGGGCUACAACCUGGAGCAAGUCCUGCCUAAGCUGGGCAUCGCCAAGGUCUUCUCUCAGGAGGCUGAUUUCUCAGGCCUCACCACCGCCAGGAAACUGAGCCUUUCCCAGGUGAUCCACAAGGCUGUGCUGGAUGUGGCUGAGAAAGGCACUGAAGAAGCUCCUCUGGUAGGAAGGUCCAAACUUCCUACUCCAAGACUGUCGGAGGGUCUGGACUUCAACAGGCCCUUCCUGGUGGCCAUCAUCUCUGAGGACACACAGAACAUUCUCUUCCUGGGCAAAGUGGAAAAUCCCAAUGAGGCUGAGCUCCCGCCGGAAGAAUGGGGCCUAUCCUCUGGGUACUCCACGCUCAAAAACGUCUUCUGGGUUCUCAGCUGGUGGCCCAGAUCCCUGGCAGUGGGCACCUUGUUCCCGGCUCUGUCCGUCCAAUAUAGGCUCUUUGUCCCCAAUUAG